CACCAACGCACGCACGGACACGCGCUCGCUCACACUCGCUCGCUCGCUCAUCAGGAGGAUGGGAAAGGCUGCGUCGAAGCCAUCCAAGGCCCCUUCUAGCAGCGCUCCGAAGAAGGACGAUGAAGACACAAACGGCGCCACAGCAAACCACGCAUCAGCACUGGAGGAGCACGAUGAGAGCUCCCUGAUCAAGGCAUUGCGGACCAUGAAGCUGCCGAAUGCGCCGGCCUCGCCCGAGGUGAAUCCACAAAAGGCCGCGCUGCGCAGGAGUCGCGUCAUCCGCGGCCGCGCCCUCCCCGAGGAUAUCCACCAGCCACGUCGCGUGUGCGUGUACCUGUGCUACUCCGAGGAGUGUGCUGCGCUGGAAGUGAAGACGAUCCGCGAGCAUGCUCACGUCUUCCUUCGGGAAUGGUCUCUCAAUCAGUUUGACCUGCCCGCCGACCUCAUCGACCUGCACGAGGGUCUGGGCCAACAGCCAAUCACGACGGAGGAGAUGGAGGCGCUGCACCUCAAGUUUAUCCGGUCAAUGGCGUCGGAUGAGAUCCUGCCGAUCUUCGUGCGGCUCAGCUCAGCCCCUGAUGCAAUGGGCAGCGUCGUGAUCCCGUCCUCCCUCACCAAGAAGGACCAGUCCCGCAUCGACGACACAGAGCUGAUGAACAAGUAUUACAAGCGAAACAACAACUGCCCCUCCAGCGAACCGCACACCCUCUGGCUCACGUCACCUCUCAGCAACGAGGAGCGCCAGGAAGUGCUGGAGUGCCUGCAGGCAUCACUGAUAUCGUCGCAACUCAAGUGCUUGGAGGAGCAGGAAGUGUCGCUGGCCAACAGCCUGCUCAAGCCAGAGUGCAUCGUGCACCUGCAGAUGACCAACGUGCGCGCAACCAUGGAGCAGUCCUCCUUCCCCGCCCUCGCCGACAGCGACACCGCCAUGCACGCCGCUGCCCCCGUGCUGCAGACCGCGACAUGGGAGCGCCCUGUCGACAUGCCGUUUGGGCUGGAGGCCACCACCUACGACUCGGAACAGUACUGCCUGGCCGUGUGCAAGAGCUACGUGGCGUGCCUUGCGCAGGCAAUUGUCGGGCGGCUCGGCACGCUCGCUGAGCCAGACUCGGCGCUGGUGCUGGAGAUGCAGGACCACCUCGCCUUCAGCACCAGCAUGGCGCCGUCAGCGCAGCAGCUGCCGCGGCUGUACCCAGAGCCCGUCGUCAAGCAGUACAUCUUGCUGGAAAAGCCGGCACCACCGCUGGUGAUCCACGCGCCACUGGGCGGCGGCCGGACAACAGCAGCGGUGCAGAUGGCGGCGCUGGCUGCGGACCUGCCGACCAAGAGCCACACGGAGCGCGUCAUCAUGCCGCGGUUCGCAGGUCUCACCCCGCGGGCGAGCAACCUGCAGUCGUUCCUGCACGACCUGAACCGGCACCUGUGCAUGGUGUAUGACGGCGACAUGAAGCAGCAGCCGUCCGAGGAGGCCGACCUCGUGCGGCGGUGGUCGAGUGUCAUGCGGCUUGCGUCGCCAUACUUGCCCGUCGUCAUCAUCAUGGACGCUGACCCGGCGUCGCUGGAGACAACGGCAGGGCGCCCGCUCUCCCUGCUGCAGUGGCUGCCCCCGGUGCUGCCCGGGUCCGUUCGCAUGAUCGUCCUCACAAACGACGCGGAGGUGAAGCCCCUGCGAACGAAGAUACCCGAAGCCAUGUUCCGGCCGCUCGCCCUCCCAACCAAGGACGCGUUCAAGAGCGCACUGCAGAGCCACCUCAGCCUCCGUCGCCGCACUGUCUCCAAGCAGCAGCUGGCCGGCCUGCUGAGCUGUCUGCCCGCGUCACACGUCACCCCGCUGCUGCUGGCCAUGCUGGGGAUGAUUGCGUGCACGUGGACACACGAGCACGACCCGCCCGUCUCCGUGCCCGGUGCAGAGCUGGCUGUGAGCGCGUUUAUCGACGUGCUGGAGAAGCGACAUUCUGUCGAGGUUGUGCGCAUGUGUGUCCUUGCGCUGUGCAUCUGCCAGGAGGGCUGCACCGACGUCGAACUCGCCACCAUGCUCCGCUCCAUCGGCGUCGCCUCUGCGAUGCGCGAGUGGCUGCUGCUGCGUGAGGCCCUGAGUCCACUCGUGCAGUAUCACUCCAUCCACCACUUCAACGCCUUCACCAGUCCCCACUUUGCCGCCCUUGUCCGCGCUCGCUACAGCGCCGCGCACGUGCGCACGGUCGUGGACACGCUCAUUGCCACGUUUGGCAAGCUCGUCGGCGAGGGUGGCACGACCACACACCUGUCGCUGGAGCUGUCGCAUCUGCUGCAGGAGCACGCGUCACGAGAGCAAGUGGCGGCGGCGCUGGGAGAGCCGCGCUUCCUGCUGCACCUGGUGGCGUCGUCGGAGACGGCGGGGUCGGCGUACAUCAAGCGCAUGUGGGGCGCGCUCAGCGAUCGGCAGAAGAAGGACGCGUGCACGGCUGCAUAUCGGGUGCUGAUGGCGACGAUUCCACAGCUCAAGGGGAAGAAGCUCAAGCGCGUGCUGGACCAGUCGGCCGCCAUCGCCUCAUUUGUUGAUCGCAUGGACGACAAGGAGCUCGCCCUCGACCUCUUCAACCAGAGCCUCAAAGUCCAGGAGCGCGUGCUUGGUGCGACGCACCCGUACACGCUGAGCAUGGCUGCGAAGGUGGCUGGCGUGCUGUACAAGAACAAGCAGACGAAGAAAGCGCUUGACGUGUGCAAGGCGUACACCCGCAGCUACGUGGACCCGGCGAGCGUGCGCCACGAUGCGUCCUUUGAGCCGUGUCGCAUGGAAGUGAGCGCACUCUUCCUCCUCCGCAGCAACAUUCACCUCGACAGGAACGAGUUCUCAGAGGCGAAGCAGGACCUGGAGCGUGUGCUCGUCGUCUACAACAUGCACAACCUGACGGAGGACUCUGAGGACGUGCGACUGGCUGCGGUGUGGGGCAACCUCGCCAACACGUGCGCGGCCAUGGACAAGCAUGCAGAGGCGCUGGACUACUACACGCGCGCGCUGGGCGUGUUCCGCACGACGGGGAAGCGGGACCCGAAGAAGGUCUGCACGACGCUGCUCAACAUCUCGCUCUCGCAGCGGUACCUGAGCAAGUUUGACGAUGCGCUCAAGGCGGCGCAGGAGGCGCAGGACAUUGCCGAUGCGGCGUGGGGCGCACACGACAAGAUCACCCUGGAGGCCGUGCACUCGCGCGCAGUGACAAUGGAGGUGAUGGGCCGACACCAGGAGGCGUUGGAGCUGUACAGGGAGGCGGCAGACGGAUUCCUGGCACUCAGCGGUCGGCCAAGCCCCAGCAUCGUCUCCGCCAUCAAGCGCUGCCAGGCCCGCAUCAACCCAUCGUGACGUGCUUUCCUGUGUUGUGUAGUGUUGUGGUGUCGUUGUGUUGUGUUGUAUUGUGUUGUGUUGUGUUGUGUUGU